AGUAGAUUUCGUUCGAAUUUACAGUAAAUUAAACUUUCCAGCACACACCAAAUUGAAUAGUAAUGAGUAGCACAUCAAUUAUAUCGAUUAGAUGAGAUGCGAUUCCGGAGAUUUGUUGUUGUUCUGAGUAUACUUACAACAACAGUUCUAUUAUAUUUAUUACACCAGAUCCUAGAACGUGGAAAUGGAGAUACAUUCAAUAAAUCGAUCUUUACAUCAACGGAAUCACAGCCAUUGUACGUGGCCGUAGUAGUUUGUGGGCAAAGAAUGCAAGAAGUAUUGGUAAUGAUUAAAUCCGCUCUCUUAUUUAAUUCCUCAAGAGAAAAACUGUAUUUUCUAAUCUUUGCGGAAGAACGUCUUACGAUCAGUUUUAAUGAAAAGUUAAACGAUUGGCGCGCUAUUCGUCCAGAAUUCGAUUUUAGAUUGUUACCAUUGCAAUUUCCCCUUAAUAGUGAAAGAGAAUGGCGCAAUCUUUUUAAGCCGUGUGCCGCCCAACGUUUGUUCUUACCGUCUAUUUUAGAAACAGUUGACGCGGCACUCUACGUGGAUACUGACAUACUAUUUUUAUCACCGGUGGCAGAUAUAUGGAAAUUUUUCAAAAGUUUUAAUGGAACUCAAAUAGCAGGUGUUUCACCAGAACACGAAGAUGCAAAUGUUGGUUGGUAUAAUAGAUUUGCUCGCCAUCCGUUUUAUGGGCCGCUGGGCGUAAAUUCUGGGGUAAUGUUAAUGAAUCUUACACGUAUGCGCGAAUUUAAAUGGGAAGAAAAGGUAUUGCCAAUAUAUAAGGAAUACAAGUUGCGUCUUACUUGGGGUGACCAAGACAUAAUAAAUAUUCUAUUUUACUAUCACUCUGAGAAACUAUACCUAAUGCCUUGUGAGUAUAAUUAUCGUCCUGAUCAUUGUAUGUACAUGAAUAUUUGUAACGUUUCGGUGGAAGGAAUUAAAGUUAUUCACGGAAAUCGUGGUUAUUUUCAUUCAAACAAGCAGCCGUUAUUCCGCACCAUUUAUGAAGCGGUGGAAAGUUAUCAACUUGGUCAAAAUGAAUACAAUGAAUUCUUAGUCCCACUUCGCGAAGCUUUGCAAGAUUCUGUUAUUCUAAAAACGAACUGUGGUAAGAUAUGGAAAGAUGUCUUAUUGGUUGCCAACAAAGUUUUCCCAAAGGAAUUUAUUGGAUCAGCUUAAUUUAUUUAUUUAUAUACGCUUCUUUCACAUUCCACAAUUUGUAAGCACUUUUUAUAAUGGCAACCGAUUUGCCAAAUAAAUUGUAAAAGCAAAAACG